AUGUCUGUUCAUUCACCAUCACGGACAUCAAACAGCAUUGUAGGCGCUCAUUUCAAAGUAGGUAAAAAGAUUGGCGAGGGCAGUUUUGGCAUCAUCUAUCAAGGCACCAAUCUAUUGAACAAUGAGCAAGUAGCCAUAAAAUUUGAACCGAGAAAGAGCGACGCUCCACAGCUCCGAGACGAAUACCGCACAUAUCAGAUUAUGGCAGGCACAUUUGGAAUCCCCAAAGCAUAUUACUUUGGCCAAGAAGGCUUACACAACAUUCUGGUGAUUGAUCUGCUGGGACCAAGCUUGGAGGACCUGUUUGAUUUAUGCGGCAGAAUAUUCAGCGUGAAAACUGUUGCCAUGCUAGCAAUUCAAAUGAUUUCAAGAAUACAGAGCGUCCAUGAACGAGACAUGAUUUAUCGUGAUAUAAAGCCAGACAACUUCUUGAUCGGGAGACUAGGCUCAGCACAGGAAAACGACAUAUUCGUGGUGGAUUUUGGCAUGGCAAAAUUCUAUCGCGAUAAAGUGACAAAGCAGCAUAUACCCUAUAGAGAGAGAAAGAGCUUAUCAGGCACUGCUAGAUACAUGAGCAUCAACACCCAUCUAGGCAGAGAGCAAUCGCGCCGUGAUGAUUUGGAGGCAUUGGGCCAUGUAUUUCUCUACUUUUUGAGAGGAUCUUUACCGUGGCAAGGCAUGAAGGCGCAAACAAACAAGCAAAAAUAUGAAAAGAUUGGAGAAAAGAAGCAAACAACCAGCAUUCGAUCAUUGUGUGAAGGAUAUCCUAAUCAAUUUGUCAAGUACUUGCAGUACUCUCGCAAAUUAGGAUUUGAUGAGACGCCAGACUACGCAUGGCUUAAAAAGCUAUUCAAAGACGUACUUCAAGAUUUGGGGGAAGAAGAGGAUGACUUGUAUGAUUGGAGCCUGUUGAACGACGGCAAAGGCUGGCAGAGUGUCAAAAGAAAAAAGCCAGCAUCUCGCAAGCGUCUCAUGCCUCCACCGCCUCCAUUACACAACCAAGCACAGCAACAGCAACACCAGGGCACAGGAGAAGCCCAUUUGAAAAAGAACCACCAGCCAUUCAAAGAGUGUUCCUCAAGGCAGCAACCCUGUCUACAUGAAACAAACACGCAAGACAAGGCCAGUUGCUCCAAUAUGCUGGCGAAUGGUUGGGUAAGGAUCAAGGCUUUAUUCAAUUGUAGAUGA